GAGAGAGAGAGAGAGAUUAGUAUGACAGAUAAAUAAACAUGAAAUUCGAGAGCAAUGAUUUUUCCAGAUUUAAGCAUGUAGUGUGCUAUGCUACUCAUUCAAAAUGCCAUUUGUAGAAUGAGCAAGGAUGGUUGCGCAAUGAAGUAUCGUAUUGAUGCUCAGUAAAACAACAUGGAUGCCAACAGCUUCUGCAUACGCGUAUUGUAUCAGCUGUUGUGCCGUAGUUGCCAUCAUAUUUCAUUAAGACUAAACGGCUGUGUACGUUCCGUAACAAUGUAGUAGGAAUAGUAUUAAAUUAGCUUAAUACGUUUCAGAUCUGCCAUUGUGGUUUGCAAUGAUGACUGACGUCUUAUUUGAUAAGAUAUCAGUUUCCAUGUUUUGCCUGCCAAAGAAAAAUUGAGCCCAAUGUUUCCAAACGAAUCUAGUUCAGAUGAGAUUUCUAAAGUAAAUGUCGUUACACAAACGUUUAAGGAUAAUUUAGAGCCAAAUGUUGUGCCAGGAAAUUUAGCAGUAUUGCUACCUGCUGCUGGCUGUGACUGUUUCGAUAGUGUUGUAGGAGGGGCAUCUAUCCACACUGCCCAUUUUGCCCCUCUGAUGUCCACAGACCAAGUACCUGCUCUCAGGGACUCAAUGGACUGCAGUACCAGUGGAUCCACUACCCUGGAAGCAGAAGUAGCAACACACAGUCGGCCUCCUGUGCAGCAUUCUCCAUGCGCACAAAGUGAUCUAAUGGGACAUGCGUGCACAGAAUUUUCUGACCACUACCAGCAGCAGCAGCAGCAGCAAAUCAGUUCCAAAGAAGUAGCAGUUCAUUCAAAUGUAGAGCAAUCUGUCCUUCCUCCAGCAUCUACCACUGCCAGCAGGCUGGGGGAUGGGACAAACCACAAACAAACUAGUGCAGGGCUACAUGCUUUGCACCUCAGCAGUAACAAGUCUGAGGCCUUGGGCCAGCAGGGGGGCACAGGGGAAGCCGGAGGGAGGGAUAGAGCUGAACCACCCUCUGGCUCAUCCCCUGAGCUGGAGAUACUCUCAGCAUCUGUGAUAAUCAGCUCAACUUCUAGUGGCACCGCAGGUCUUCCGUCCCUUGUGGUGACCAGCCACAAUGCAGUGCAGCACCAGGACACCAGUGCGUCACUUGCAAGUCAUCUCGGUUCUUCCAACACCAAUAGUCCACCAACCAGUGCACAAACUUGCACGAAAUCAAUCAGUAAAUGCAAUCCACUGUCAGAUCUAAAAUACUUGGACAAGUCGGCACAUGUUCCUGAAACUUCUAAUAAUUAUAAGAGUGACAGCAAUAUUUUAAAUUCAACUGAAGGCCCUGCAACAAACUUACGAUGGGGAAUUCCCAGGGGUGUAGGAUUACGUGGUGGUGGAGAGAGCUCCCUAACUGGAGGCAGCGGAACUAGUGGCUGGGGUUCCGGUGCUGGGGGGACAACUGGCGGAGGCUGGGGAUCCUCCGCAGGGUCUUCACAGCAGCAGCAACAGUCGGGCUCCAGCCAGUGGGGUAGUAGUAGUGGUAGCAGCCGUUCCAGCUCUGCAGUCUCAAGUGGCCCUGGAUCUACUGCUGCGAACAGCAGUGCUCAGCAAGGGUCAGGUAACUCAAAUAAGGGCAAUAAUUCACAAAGUGGACAGAAUUCUUCACAGCAGAGCCAGCCACAACAAUCACAACAACAAGGAGGUAGCUCUGCAUCAUCAACACAGUCUACAUCCUCCCAGAUGAGUCAACAAAGUGGCCAGACAGGUGGAGGUGCACAGCAGGUUGGGGGAGGUGGAAGUGGUCAAUCUCAAGGUUCACAACAGCAGCAGUCUGGUAGCAGCUCAGUAACUCAGCAGCAGACCUCCAACUCAGCUGGACAGCAAGGCAGUUCCACAAAUCAAUCCUCUUCCCAGCAACAGCAACCAGGGACAUCAACUGGUCAUAUUCAGACUGUGACAUCUGGCCAGAGUUCAGUACAACAAUCUCAACAACAGCAAGGCAGUAACAAUGGUUCCAACUCUAGUGCAUCUGCUUCAUGGGCUGCUGCCGCUGGCAAAGGUCUAAGUGGCAGCGGAAGUGUAAAUACAGGAACAUCUAGUUCAGGACAACAAUCUUCUGGAGCAACUUCAGGUUCUUCCAAGCAGCAGCAACUUGAGCACCUGAAUUCCAUGCGAGAAGCUCUCUUCAGUCAAGACGGUUGGGGAGGGCAACAUGUCAAUCAGGAUACAGGUUGGGACAUCCCUGCUUCACCUGAACCAGGUGUUAAAGAUGGUGCUCCUGUCUGGAAGCCAAAUGUCAACAAUGGGACAGACCUCUGGGAAGCAAAUCUCCGCAAUGGAGGUCAGCCACCACCCUCGCAGGCUGUUCAAAAGACACCAUGGGGCCAUACACCAAGUAGCAACAUCGGAGGCACGUGGGGUGAGGACGACGAUGUGGCAGAUAGUUCAAAUGUGUGGACCGGUGUCCCUACAGCUCCCCCUGGCCCAGGCCCCACGGCAUCAGCGUCUCAGUGGGGUGGACCUGCAGCUCCUGGUGCGGCGGCGGCAGCUGCAGCUGCUGCAGCAGCCGUUUGGGGUGGUGGAAUGUUAGGCCCACGAGAGCAUAUGCAUGGUGUCGUUGAGGGGGGAUUGCGUGGAGAUGUAGGUGUGAGGGACAUUCGGGGCGUGGGUGAGAUGAGAGCUGCGACUGGAGUGGGAGUGGGGGAUCCUCGCCGCUUGAACGGUAGUGGUGUUGGUGUCGGGGCAGGUGGUGACACGAGUGCUAUGUGGGCAGCACACCCCACAGCAAGUGCUCCACAUCAUGGUGCUGCUCAACACCACACUGGGCAACCGUCACAGGCAAAGAUGGUGCCACCUACAGUCCCUACAGCAGGCGUAAACCAGUGGGCUGGCCCACCCCCAAAAGAUCUCACUUUGGGAAGCAGUGUGGGUGUCACCAAACCAUCAGGAUGGGAAGAACCAUCUCCUCCAGCACAACGCCGUAAUCUGCCAAACUACGAUGAUGGAACAUCAUUCUGGGGCAGCCAAUCUAGUCGCAUUGGCAAGGUGUCCCAUUGGAAGGAAAUGCCAACUCCAAAUGUUGGGCGAGGAAGCAUGCCAUGUCCUCCAGGCAUGCCACAAAACAGACUUCCAGGAAACACAUCUGGAGGAGCAAAACCUGAUGGUACACCAAUUUGGGCCCAACCAGGAAGAAAUGGUUCAUGGGGUGAUACCACUCAUGAUGCAAGUAAUGCUGGCUGGGGUGAUGAAUCAAAGGUUGCUGCCAGCAUUAAUUCUUGGAAUGAGCCACCUCUCACUCCAACUUCUUGGGCUGGACCGAAAACAAAGAAUCCUCUCAAUCCGGGUGGCUGGAUGGAUGGUGAUAUGGACACAAGUUCAUGGGGGCAUCCUCCAAAACAGGGUCCAAAGCAAUUAACGAGAGAUAUUGUGUGGUCCAGUAGACAGUUCAAACUACUGUCAGAGUUGGGAUUCAAGAAGGAAGAUAUCGAGAAUGCCUUGCGUGCAAGCAACAUGAUUCUUGAGGAUGCUCAUGAGCUACUGUCCACUGCUAGUCGUGUGGGUGUUGAGAGCUGGCGUCGUCAUGAUGAUCAUUCGCCAUUUGAUCUCACAAGUGGACACCCAAAUGUUGGAGCAUGUGCAGCUGGUGUAGGUGUUGGUGUUGGAAUGGGUGCCUUUCCUGGUCAGAGAUUCAACCCUGUUGCUGCUCAACAGAUGCCCUUUGCACCACCGGGCCCUGGUGGUGGUGUGAGUAAUGCAGGACCAAACCUUUUGAAUAAUGCGGGAUUAAAUAUAAACAGCAUGAGCCCAGCUAUUAUGCAGAAGAUGCUCAGCCAACAGCCACCCCCAACACCGCAGCAGGCUCACCCUGGUGCUGCUGCCCAGGCAGCUGUGCAGCAGCCCACAGGUGCGGGUGUUGGUGUGGGCGCAUUCAGCUCACCUGCAGCUGCGGCGGCUGCUGCUGCUGCACGUGCACCCCAGGCGCAGCCAACUGCUACUCAGUUACGCAUGCUUGUGCAGCAAAUACAGAUGGCCGUUCAAGCUGGCUACCUCAAUCAUCAGAUUCUUAACCAACCAUUGGCUCCACAAACUUUGAUAUUGUUAAAUCAAUUGCUGCAGCAGAUAAAGGCCCUGCAGAACUUGAUGCAACAACAAGCUGUUGUGCAAGUGCAACCCCAUAAGAAUAGUUCCAAUGCUGUUCUGCAAAUUUCUGUACAAAUAACGAAGACUAAACAGCAAAUUACAAAUUUGCAGAACCAGAUAGCAUCACAGCAGGCAAUCUAUGUGAAGCAGCAGCAGCAACAGCACCAGCAGCAGCAACAGCAGCAGCAGCAGCAACAACAGCAGCAGCACCAACAACAGCAACAGCAGCAACAACAGCAGCAGCAUCACCUUGCCGCUGUGCAAGGGGCACAGCAGUCGGAAUUUUUCAAAUCUACGCUGCAUGAUCAGAUGAUGCUACCUCACAAGUUUGCUGAUCUCACAAUUGCUACAGAUCCAACUGUGCAGAUGCCAUCAUCUUAUCAGACCAGUCAGCAGUCCCGUCUGAAUCAGUGGAAACUGCCAUCUUUGGAGAAAGAUCAAGACGUGACCAGUAAUGAAUUCAGCAGAGCUCCAGGCACAACUACUAAGACUGCACUUCCUCAGAGUCAUUCUUCACCAAAUAUGAAUCCUCUCCUCGGACCUAGUGAUGGGACUUGGUCAACUGUAACUGCACGGGCUGGAUCAGAUACAGGUUGGCCUGAUGUGUCUGGAGCAGGCAGUGGUGGGGAUGGCAGCAUUCAGCCCGGAGGUGACAGUAAAGACCCAUGGCCAGCAGUUACUACCAGUGCAGCAGCUGCAUUCACAGACCUUGUACCAGAAUUUGAACCAGGAAAGCCAUGGAAGGGUACUCCAAUGAAAAGCAUUGAGGAUGAUCCGAGUAUCACACCAGGGUCCGUUGUGCGCUCUCCACUAUCAUUACCGGUAAUAAAAGAUGAAAUUUUCACUGGAGGCAGCAAAACCUCUCCUACUGUCAGUUCAUCAAUGGAUACACCUGUACCACCUCUUAGUCUUUCCUCAUCUACGUGGACUUUUAAUCCUGCUCCACCAACGAGUUCCAUGGGAAAAUUGGGAGGUGGUGGUGGAGCAGGUGCUGGAAGUGGCAGCAAGGGUGGUUGGGGUGAACCACCUCCUUCUGGGGGCGUCGUUACUGGUGAGUUGUGGGGAGCCCCUUCUGGCGGAAUGGCAGCAGCCAGCAAAGCACGAGGACCACCACCUGGCCUGGCAGGUACUGGUGCAGGCGUUGCUGUAGGAAAGAGCAAUGGCUGGGGAGGCCUCAGUGGUUCUGUUGCCACAAAUGCUGCUGGCACUGGUGGCACAGGACGCUCUUCUUGGGGCAUUCAGACUCCUGCAUGGGGCUCCACAUGGUUGCUGCUCAGGAAUCUCACACCACAGAUUGAUGGCUCAACGCUAAAGACACUUUGUGUGCAACAUGGUCCUUUGCUCAGUUUUCAUUUGUACCUGAAUCAUGGAAUUGCUCUUGCCAAGUAUUCUACACGUGAAGAGGCUAAUAAAGCUCAAGGGGCACUUAACAAUUGCGUCCUCGGCAAUACGACGAUUUUUGCCGAGUCACCUGGUGAGUCGGAGGUGCACUCAUUGCUACAGCACCUGGGCCAUGGUGGUGGUGGUGGUGCUGGUGGCCAGCAGACAUCUGGCAGUGGUUGGGGUCCAGGACCAGGUAGUGGACGUGGAUCAGGAGGCAGUGGUGCUGGAGGAUCCCAAGGUGGUCCAGGGCCUGCGAAGUCGGCAUCUGACGCGUGGGGUGGAGUUGCAGGUAGCCAGCUUUGGCCACCUACUCCAUCAUCUGUCUCAGGUUCCUUGUGGGGAGACGGAACGUCAGGUGGCGAUCAACACCGCUCGACGCCUUCGUCUCUCAAUUCGUUCCUGCCGGGUGACUUACUGGGUGAGGGCUCAGUGUGAACUAAACUUGUGCCUACCUAAAGGAAUUUAAAGUCCUUUCCUUUGUCCCAUCUGUGCACGUAAAUGUAUAUUGGGCAUAAUAUUGAGUGAAGAAUGAGCUUCUAUCGAAUCUUCUCCAUAGUGACGUACUCGAAGUUUUCCAUCCUUUUACAUAAGGAAACUGCUCCCAAAUUCCAUCUCCUAUCUAUCACCUCAGUGCCGGCAUGCUGUCCAACUGCAAAAUGUGUUGGAUAGUAGCCAUUGUAAAACAAAACUGAAUUGAAAAUAGAAUGACUUGGAGAACCUGUGCGCAUUGCUGUGGAGAAGAGAGAAAUCUCCAUACCUGUGAUCUCAGUUUCCUAUUUGCGCUAUACGGUUGCUUCUGUCCCCAUAACUAUGAGAGUCUAGUUAGUGACAGCAGUUGUAUUCUUAUUAUUAUGUUACUUAUAUAAAUAUAUAUAUAUGUAUAUAAAAUAUAUGAGGAUUGCAGUUUUGACUGUUAAGAUGUGAGGAUUAAUUUUUAAAAAUAUUUAAUGUUGUUACAAUCAGACUGUGUGCCAAAUACCUGGCAUUAGUUUUUGAAGGCUGUCCUGUAAAAGUGCUGCCUUCUCAUUUCUUUGCGGCUGUACACAAUCGAAGUGUUCCCUUGAAAUAAUAGUGUUCAAUGUUUGUGAUCCAUUACUUCAAAAAAAAUGAAAAUAUAGACAUAGUGAUAAAUUUUGACCAGCACUAGUAGGUGCUAUGCAUACACUCGUUUCUUUGUUGCAUUACCUGUGUGUGCAUAGACGUAAAUUGGUGCAGAGUAAUCAAACUUAUCCACUUAACAACUGGAAAGAAUAAAAUUUUGUAUGUGUAUUGUAUUUUCAACUGUGCUGUGACUCUAAAGUGGCUUUAUGUUCAAUGUAAGAUGUUCCAUUUGCCCAGUUUUGAUUAAUGAAAAUGCUCUCUCUCCUUCAGAAUUGACAAAAGCAACGAGAGAUUUGCUUUUCUUUUCUUUUCUUUUAGAUGAUAGUGCAAAACUUAUACUCCUGAGUAUACUAAGGUUUUCUUUAUAGUAAUAACAGCCAAAAAAGAAUUUAGUAUAGUAUUGUAGAAGCAGACUCAGUGUUGUUGAAAUUGUGGCUCUGCACACACAUUUAAAUAAAGUAUUGUAAGCUACAAAUAAAAGCCAUGGUUAGACUAGAGCCAUAAUUAUAGAUGGAUGCUGUGAUGAUGGUGAAAGAGAUGACAACCAUGCAAAUGCCAUCAACAGCCACCACAUCUUCAACAACAGCAACAACAUCCACAACAGCAACAACAUCCAUCAACAUCUACUAUCUACUACUGCUGCUAUUACUACUACUACUACUACUACUACUACUACGACUACUACUACUACUACUACUACUACUGCAACAAUAACAAUAACAACAACAACAACGACAGCAGCUGCAGUGAACAUAUGGAAGAUUUUUCAAAAAGAGCCAAGUAUUGUGUACAUAACAAGCUUACCUGUAAUUAUUUUUCUCCAGUGAGUAUAGUACCAAAUUCUGAAUCGAAACACAAGGUUUUUAUGUAGAUUAAGAUCAAUCGUAAAUACAUAGGAAUUAAGAUUUUAAGGUAAAAUAUGAGGUAUUUAAUAUAUUGCGUUUAAAAAACACAUUUUUAUGAAAAGUGGUAAUAUUUAAAAACCAAGUGCAUUCUAAUUAUUAUUCUAUUGUAGCCAGUGUAAGUAUAAACAUGUGUAUUUAUAUAAAAAGUUUGCUGCAUCCUUAUUAAAUGUGAUAUAAUCUUGUAAGUGAUCCUGUGCAAACUCGUCAAUUUUUGUGAACUUUUAACUAGAGAAUAAUGUGUGAUUUCCUUUAUUUCUUUUUAAAAAGUGUGUGUGUGUGUGUGUGUGUGUGUGUGUGUGUGUGUGUGUGUGUGUGUGUGUGUGUGUGUUUUGACGCGCAAGUUUGUGUGGCGUGCAUGUUUAGUGCAAGAUCUUGGGCCUGAGUGUAUUUUGAUGUCAAAAUAGUUAGAAAAAACUAUGAUUUUCCUUGCUUUCCCACUCCUCCUCUGAAGAUUAUGCUCUUGAUGCAUGGACACAUGUAAUUUGUAAAAAACUAGUAUGUAUGUACAUAAAACAAAUUUUUGAAGACAUGGAUUUCAAAAAUAUUUUUGACACAAAACAGAUAAAUUAAGGAGUAUUUUCUGCAUUUUUCUUUCAAUUUUUAAAUAGUUCAUUGCUUUUAUGAGGGGGAGAAUUAUAGUAUCUUACAUUGCAGUAUGAGCUUGAGACAAAUAGUUCAUCUAUUUAAUUAAAUAAGGUAGCAAGAUCUUAACACAGGUGUGCGCAACUAAAAACGUUGAAUCCAUCCUUGCCAUGUUUGUUUUUUAAUCAUGUGAGAAGAAUGAGUGUGUGAAGGCUGUUAUACUCUUUUUUUUCUUUUUUUUAUUGGAGGGAUAAGGAAAUUUGCCUCUUAAGGGGAGAAUAAAAAUACCUCUGUGACCAAACAUGUUAUACAUAUAGAAAUAAGAAAGAUACAUAUAUAUAAAAUAUAAAUAUAUAUUUGUGGUCUUGUAAUAGAAUAACAUAUAUUUCAUCAGAAGUAAUUGUCUUUUAUGAAAAGUGAAAGCUUUCAGUUGCAGAACUUUAAAAAUGACACAUAGUGUGAAAUAUUUUGAGUGUACAUUUAAGAACUGGGCAGUCUUAUCUACUUUCCGCAACAGUUACUAAUGGGAGAAAGUGGAUUUAACAAUACCAUUACUGUGCUUUACUAGCUAGUAUCUUUUCCUUGAUUUGUAAUGCAAAAUAUUGACAUGACAAAAGUUGACUUGUUAGUAUUUUCACCUCCAGAUUUGCAGUAUUUUGUAGAAAUGUGGUCACAUUUUCCAUGAUUGUACAACUCCUAUGUGAUUAACUGUGAACAAUACUAUAAAAUGCAAAAAGUGUGAUUUGUAGACAGUAAUGACAGCAUUUUAAUCAAAGAAUGUUAAGUAACUGCAGUUUUGAGCCAUAUCAGUUGCUUUGUUGUAAUUAUUAAGGUAAGAGUUAUGUAUUAUAGCUUUUUAAAAAAACAAAAAAAACUAACAAAAAAAGUGUACUAAUAAGAAAUCAUUGCAGUGAACACCAUUCUGGUGAGGAUGUGCAAACUGUGCACAUUUUGCCUCUCAGGCCACUAAAAUCUCAGUUAAAUUAACGCCAAAUGAUUUUGCAACAGACAACAUUAUAGUAAUAUAAGUAAAAUGUGAUUAAAUUGUGUAACACUGAUCAAAACAUUCUGUACUAACAGCAUGAAUUGUGACAAAAUUUAUGUGCAUUGACCAAUUCAGAAUUUUACUGUGUUCGGUAGGUUAAGAUAUUGAGUGGCAGAUAGAGCACGAUACAUUGUCUUUCUGAGGUGGUGGUUCUUGUGCCGAAGACUUUGGUGAGCCAUAUUGGUGAUAUAUUUCUUCCAUUUGUCUUUGAGUAAAGAUAUAUAUAACAACUUACACUUAGUGAGUGCCUGUUUGAGAAGCGUUUAUCUGUCCUACAGUAUGGGACACACAUUCCUGCUAUUGAAGUGUGCCAGCUGCUAGUCGUUUAUUUUCAGCAGGUUGUGUGCCACAUUAUUGAAGGAUGCUAGAGGCUAGUUUUUGGUUAUUUUUUAUGGCUUAUGAUGCUCAAGAUUACUUGAGUAUGAAAUGUCUCAUGGUUGAACCCCCUCCCCCCGGCCUCCAAAUAUUCUCCUUUUCUCAGUACUGAUCAUUUGAUCACUAAAAAAGUGUUAGCUAAAUUUUGUGGAAAGUGAUUGAAUCAUUUAGGUUUUCCAUAACCUUAUGGAGUAUGGUCAUUUUGAGUGAUUUACUUUGUAAUUUGCUGCGAAUUUGAGCAGUUAAUUCAUAAAGUUUCUAUUUGAGUGCUUAUGAGGUUCUACAUAUGUAAAUGUGGAGGUACCAUUCAAUUUUCAAGAAACGUGCCUCUGCACAUUACCAUGUUUUGCACAAUGCCACACAUCAUCAUAUUUUAACUGUUGCAUUAAAGAAUUAGUGGAGGAAGUGAACAUCAGAUGUACAUUAAACGGGCCUCUUUACCAUUCACAGCCAUAGUCUCUCUCUCUCUCUCUCUCUCUCUCUCUCUCUCUCUCUCUCUCUCUCUCUCUCUCUUUCUCUCUCUCUCUUUUUCCUCCAUUAUAUAUACUAAUUAGUAUGUGUUGUCUGAGCUAGUCACAGAUAAUUUCUUGCAGUGAUCUGUCUUAACUGUUUGCUGAAAAUCUUUUUAAGUUGCUGAUUCCCAGUGUAAGUUGUUGUUCCUUUUAUGGGGGAGGGAGACUACUGACCAGUCCAGUUAAUUUGCAGGGCCUGUAGCAAGGAAGUACCUAAUUAUCGGUCCGGUCUCUUGGCUUUGCUGUGUUGUGUAGUCUUCCUCUUCAUAUCCUCCAACAAGCCCCAUAAAGGCCUGUCCUCUGUGCCUUUCAAAUUUGCUGUGGUGGCACUAGCAUUUCAUUCAAGACAGUUUUUUGUUGUCAUGUCUUACAAUUUUUUUCCAAAUUUCAUAUGUGCCUAAGAGACUGUAUCCCUCAAAUUAUGAAGCUAAAUGAGUGCUCUCUGUGGAGGCUUUGUCCUAAAACAAAUUGUAUAAUGUAAAUACUGUCUGCUGAAGUAAGUUUAGUGACUGGAGUUAGAACAUCAAGUGGAGUUCUGCAUCCUUCAUGUUAUUGGCUUCAGAGCACUGGUGAUGCUUUCCAGGGCUCGUAUCAGUAAACAUUGUUGCUCUGCUUUGCUGACUCCAAUAGUUCAAGAGUGUUUGAUUGGAAAUGUCAGUCUCAUUCAUACCUGUAACCAUAAACAUUGAUCAGAUGACCAGGGAUCAAAGCAAAUCAUCGGGAUGAGUAUUGGAUAUUUGAUACUUGUGUAUUACUGGCUGAUGUGCACAGUUUGUGAAGUGGGGCUUUGAAUUUUCUUAUCUAACCAUCCAUUAUUUCUCUGCUGAAAAUCUUAUUAAACUGUGUCUUCUAGAAGUUAACGCUUUGGUGCACUUGUAUAAAGGAAAACUGUUGAUAUGGUAUGAUUGGUUAGGAUUUAUUCAUUUGUUUUGUUUUAUUUUUAUUUACAAACCGAAUAUAUCCUCUUUUCCAACAUGCUCCAAAAUAAAUGGAGACCAGGCAAGAUUUCAGUUCAGGCUCAAGAAACCAAAAUUGUGACACAUCUGUAAAGUGCACAUUGCAUUCGAUUGAGCAUCAUGUAGAGUGUCCUAUUUUAGGUGCUGUACUGUGAUGCUCUGUUUUUAUUACAAAUGAAAAUUUUAUUUCCUAGUUUUCUUUAGUAAAGAGAGUUAGACAAUUGUAAAAUUAAAAGAAAUAACACCAUUUUUAAACUGCAUGUUUGUAUGGAAAGCAACAGUAUGUUCAUAGCUGGUUUGUCAUUGCAUUGAUUGAAUUUGUGGUAACAUGUGCCUGCUAUUAUAAACACCUGCAAAUGUCAUACUUCUCAGGUGUAGGUGCUUGUUCAGAGAAGGAUACUUUUGUUAUAAUCUAGAAAGAUGUAAUUGUUUGGUGUGGGACUUAAGCAAAAGAUAAAAAAUAGUUUCAACCAAAAAAUCUCCUCCUGAUACACUUUGUGCCCUCUGUAAUUAACCAAACGCAGUAAAACUUUUGAUGUCUGUGUUAGGGAAUAGGGAUCUUGAUAAGCAGAUACAUAACAAAAAUGCUAAUGAUUUUUGCUCAUUGUUUAAAUAGCUUUAGCUUCUUGUGUUCACAAGACAGUGGAAUGUCACACAAGGAAAUCAGACUUUAAAACAAAUCUGAGCUGUAUAUUGUGCUAACAUUCUGGUGUUCACAUAUCUUGCUAUUUUUCUGUGUAAGAUUAGAGUGUAUUUUUCCUUAGGAAUUGUCAGUUGACUUCCCCAGUGAAAGAUGAAAACAAACUGAACAUCAAUUAAAUCACAUUCAUGUUGUAAUUGCUAAAUUUUGUAUCUCAACCAUUUGUAUAAUCAAUAUUGGUUACCACAAAUUUAUUUUUAUGAGUAUUUUGUGAUCUGUCAAUUUUAAAAUUUGAAAUCCAAUUUAAUUUAUUUGUAUGAGUGAAAGAAUUAAUCUGUGCCUUAUAUGGGUAAUGAAUGACAUGAACAGUUCGAAUGGACCACAGCAUACUCCAUGCUUGUGAACUAAUGUACAUAAACAAUGAACAGAAUCGAUACCAGCAUUCUUAUUGUGUUAGCAUGCUAUCUGUCUGCUCAUAUUGCUGGUGAACUGUUGAAUUUUUUUAAAAAAGUAGGCAGUUUUGAAAACUUCUAUCAAUUGUUCAGUAACAAUAACUCAGAAUAAUAAAUUUCAGUGGCCUUAUAUUACAUACAGUAAUUGAGAACAUUAUUUUGUUCUUGAAAGUAAUUUUGGUGUUUACUUUAAAAAUAUUUAUUCCACAAUAUUUUACACAGAGUUUUUGUGAACAACUUAUUUCAGGUCCUCCUAUAAUUAUUCACAAUAUAGAAGAAAUCUUUGUAUUUCAUUAUUUCUAAAAAGCAAAAAGGGAUGUGCUUCUAGAAGCCUCAGGGAGUUUUAGGAUGUUCAACCAUAAAUGGAACUUUUUUUCUGUGGAAACAAUUUUGUCACACUGUCCAAUGUGUUGAAAUUAAAUCUGGGUGCAAAAUUUACUUAUUUUAAAGCCUGUUGAUCUGACAGUGCUGUGGGCCUAACAGUAUAGUGGGGAAAAAAUUCAAUAUGAAUCCUCAGACUCCAUAAGUAUUGGAAUCGACACAUUGGCUUUGUGAACUAGCAUUUGCAGAAUGUGUCAGUUUGUUCAGGACUCUGCUUGCCAUAGGUAAUAUUGAAAUGAAUGAAAUAAUGGUGGGGGUUGGGGAGAAAGGUUGCUCAGUUUUGUUAAAUGGCAUAUUACACCAAUCUUGAGGAGUAGUAGUGGCUGAAUAGAAUAAAUGUUUUCAUUAAUGAUUUAUUUGCAUAAUUUCUUACAGUUGAGGGCAUGACUUCCAAAUUUUGUGUGACAUAUCAGUGAAUAGAAGUUUCCAGAGGCUCUCUAACAGUCUGAAAGAUUAUACUGGAUAUAGACAGUGUGUGGGAUAACCCUGUGACUCAAAAUUAUACUGUUACGCUUAUGCUGUGUAGGAACACUUGCAUUUUGAAUACAUUAGCAGUUAAGUCUGUACAUAGUGAUGUACAUGUGGAAGAUAUUCAGUAUUGUAAUAUAAUUUGUGCUCAGAACUGUCAAUAUAAGCUGACUUUUUGUGUAGAUAUUAUUUGACAUGUGUUGAGGAAAACAGAUUGUGGCAUUCUAGAUGACUUGUCACGUGUGAGUCACUAUUUUGUAAUAAAGAACUAUAUUUCAUUACCGCAUAUUUAACUCCAACUGUAAUGGUGCUCUGUGUAUCUGUAGAGCUGUAUUGUUUUACAAGCUGUACAAAAUGUGCAUUUUCACUAUAAUAUUUACUACGUAAGUAUGUAGCACAAGAAGCGUUGGCCACAGAGAACUGAAAUUUGGAAAAGUUUGCUGAAGACAACUAAUUGUAAUGUACUUUAAUUUGAGAGGUUGUGAGAUAAACUCCUGGCAUAGUCUUGUUUCCUGUCUGUGAUGUUACUUGGAGUUGAUUUCAUAUGGAAAUAGACUAGCAUCCUGAUGAUGAUUGCUAGAAAGACAGUUUUGAAAGUAACUCCAGUUCUUCCAUGAAGGAAGCUGGCUACCUUCACACUGAAAUAUGAAUGUGAAUCCUUUCCAUUGUGAUAUUAUAUGCACCAAUAAAUCUCUUUGCCACUUUCUUUGUGGCUAAACUUUUCUCUUCUUGUAUUAAUAUAGACUUAAUAAGAUCAGGCAAGAUGUGGCUUCAUCAUAAUGGGUGAUCGGUAUAGUACCUGACAGAAUAAUCAUUCUUGUUUUUAAUGUAAAUUUUUAAAACCCAAUAAAAAUUAAAUAUGAGAACACGUACAGAAAGUUGUGACGAAUCACAUCAUUACACAGCUUUCCUGCCAAGUACAAAUGUCUCAUUAUAUUUACCGUUUGGCAGCCUCAGAUUGCAAUAACUAAUAUAACAGUAGGGUAGAAAUAUUUCUGUAACUAGAAAUACCUAUGAGGAUUCUGUGUAUUGGACACUCUUAAUGUUGUGAUCUAUCUGUUGAGACUUACAAAUAGUUAAUGUGAAUUUAUAUGUAUGUCAUGCUUCGUUAUUACCCUUGUUGUAACAUGUAGAGUUCUGUGCAGCAGACAGCUUUUCCUUAGGACUGUAUUACAUGAUAAUGUGAGAUAGUACAGUAGACUAAAAUAUGUUUAUAAAAGCUGGCUUGUAAAUAUUGGUGUUCUUAUAAAAAAAAAUUCUUUUUGGCCUUGGCACAUGUUUGAGCCAUUAUAACCUUUCCAGUACUAAGAGAAACAUUUAGCACAAGCUAGAGCCAUAGGACCAAUGGCUGUGUGGAGUUGAAAUGGCAGCUAGCAGUGAUCAGCACAUUACUUGACGCAGACACGGCCUUGUGAUAACUUAGUAACUAAUUUACCAUUACUCAUUAAUUUUCUUACGGAUGUAUUUAUUUGUUGCAUUUUAUCUUGUAAUAAGCUGUUAGACUGGACAUUUGAUUAAGAUUGACUUAUGUUGAAACUGGGAAGAAAAAUGGAAACUUCGUUUUCUCUCAAGCGCACAAGAAAUCGUGUUAAAAGUCAAAUUGAUGUGCAAUAAUCAAUAAGUCUAUUGGGGUAAAUAAUUAGCUGUUCCAUUCACGCUUAAUUAUUUUUUUUCUCAUGUGUUAAAAUGUGUUCAUUAUGCAGUAGGAAAUGGUUGACACUGUUCCCCACACACCCAUACUACAAAAUUGAUGCCUUAAUUUAUGGAAUAGUAUUCUGGUCCUAAACUUAAUGUCAUGGCAUAUUUGUAGAAGAAAGAGUCUGCCUGUUGGUGCUUGUAAUUGAGUGUAUGUUUAUGCUUCCACAUUGAAGAAAGACGUACAAAGCCUGGUACUUUGAAUUGAACCAAACAUUUCAAAUGUGAUCUAAAGUAGAUAUGUAGGUAGAUAGGUAAAAAGUAUAUGGGAGAGAGAGAAUGAGCUAUAGAUUAUAUAUAUAUAAAGAUAUGUAUUCAGUACUUUGGUAACAAAUGUUUUAAUUUUGUGUAAUUUAGAAGUGUAUGUUUUACAUGUAUCCUUUUGUGUAGACAAUGGAUGUCUUGGCUCAGUUGUGUUAGCAAUUUGUGGACUGUCCAGUUAAGACUACUAUUAUAAAUUCAAUUUUUCUUGAGUAUCAGAUAAUUAUUGUACUUUGUGAUGUUGCCAGAAUUAGACUUAUAAGCAGAGGACUUAGUUGAUUUUUACCGAAAGUUCAAAUUAUGCUGCAACUUGUCUUAUCCUGUAAUUUUUUUGUUUUGUUUUUGUAUUCCAUAUUUGUUCAUCCCUGUUUGACUGAAAGCUGUGAGAGAUAGAGAACAUUUUCUGGUUAAUAAAGAGUAGCAAUUCUCAGUCCAUCCAUUUAUAUUCCAUAACAGGCAGUCAUGUUUCAUAAAGAAGCAUUGGUGCAAAAUGUGUGAAAUGUUGAUGUUUUAUGUAUGUAUAAAUAAAUUUAAAAAAAAUAUAACAGCUUUGUUUAGUGUUAGGAUUUAACAGAUUUAUUUUUGUUUCCAUGUAAGUAAAUAUUACAUAUUGGUUACUGUAUAAGUGUUGUUCUGAUUGUGGCAAUGAUUGUACAUUGUCUGUAUUAGAUCCACAUGAAUACUGAAAUGUGUUACCUAGUUUUUGUAAAUAUAGUUUCUAGUUGAAUAUAACCGCUUGUUUCAAGUACCUUAAAUGAUCAGUCAUAACAAGCCAAUUUUAUUUGCAUUGUUUGUGAAUCAGUAUUGUGAAAAAAUCUCAUGAAAAUUUGCAUUGUAUCCUGUUUGCUUAGGUUACAGUCACACAGUAAUGAGGUAUACAUAUUGCACAACAUGUGCAGAAAUAUGUGUUAGUGCGUGAGAACAUAUUCAAAAUACACUAAGCAUUAUAUAAAAUGUUAGCAUAUCCAAAAUGAAGUGCUUUAAUAGAUGUAGAACUGGCCAUAAGCUGUUUGGUGCUGUGGUUUAAAACGAGUGAUGAUGAUUAUCAUUCUGAAUACUUAUCUUUUCGUUCUCUGGUUGCUUAGAGUUCCUGAAAACAUUUAUUUCUUAUUUUGUUUGAAUAUAUGAUAUUCAGAUAUACUGCCUCUUUUCAUUGAAUUCCAGCUUUAUGUUAUAUUUGCUCAUUUCAUUUUACUACUAAUAAAACAGAAACAUUUUACUGAAUCUCGCCAUUUUUCCACAUUUGAGAUAUCAGAUGUGUGCCUCUUUACACACACACACACACACACACACACACACACACACACACACACACGUACGUACAUUAACACUUUAUUUUCGUAAGUGCCAAACAGAAACGAACUUUAUUUUGCUGUUGGUGUUAACAUGCUUUUGGACCACUCUGAAUUCUUCAAAAUUUGACUACUCAAUUUAAAAAUAACCAUUGCACUUCCAUGAUUGAGUUUGUGCAAGAAAUUAAAAGUCUGCUGUUAAAUUUUGUUACCAGUAGGAAUUAUUACUAUUAUGAGCUUGUUCUGAUAACUACUUUCUUUCAGAUUCUUUUUAUGCCUUUAUAAUACUUUUUCCCUAGGUAUAUAAUGUUUAUAGAUCUUUAUUGAACAGAUAAUUACCAAGAAAAAACCAAAUUCAGAGAUGCCAUAAGCGUGCCAAUCACUGUUAUUAAGAACUUCUGGUUUAGACUUUGCUACAUUUGUAGGACAAAAACAGUUGCUUUUACUUGACCUUCUACAAAAGUAAAAUGAAACCAGAGCAAUAUUGUAGCAUUUUAGCUUGCACAAGAAGACUGUGUGUGUGUGUGUGUGUGUGUGUGUGUGUGUGUGUGUGUGUGUGUGUGUGUGUGUGUGGGGCGAGAGAAUUGUAUCUCCAUACUGGUUUUGUGUGCACAUGUGCAUGUUUCAGUAUGAGCAUGUGUAAAUAGUGGAAUUGCACUGUUUCUAAUUUUCAGUGUGGUAUUGUCUAUUGCUGAAAUAUUCACAUCAUUCUAACUGUUUUCUGUCCAUUGUUAAAUUUAUGCAGACUGAUUCUUAAAUAGACUAUACAUUAUAUCAUCAGGCCACAUUACUAUCAUAAUGUUUUAUUUAGGUGACUUUAGAUUUGUGUUAUUACAGUAAUAGUAUUAAGGUGUUUAAAAAAGAAAUGUAUUACAUCAGCCACUCAAGACUCCUCUGAACAUUCAUUUUUGUAUAAAGUGUUUGUUGCAUAUUAACAAUGGGGUGUUUGUUUAUUAUUAUUAUUAUUAUUACUAUUAUUAUAAUGUUAUUGUCGAUGUCUGCUGGUCAUAAGUUUUUUAUUUGCACAUUGGUUAUGGAAAAAUCAUUGUUUUAUUUAAAUCUUUAGACUUUAUUUUAAUCGUGUACUUCAUUGAGAAACAAGUGAGAAUUAUUAGAAUAAAAAUCCAACAUUGCUCAGGGCAAAUUUGAUUAAAAAAAGAAAAGCUUUUUGUGAUCAAUGUGUAAAAGAGUUAUUAAAUAAUACAGAUUCUUUCCAUAAUGAAAACGCUUUACAGUCACCUAUAGCAUGGAAACAAGUGUUUUCUCCUAAUGUUGCUUUCUUAGUGAUUACCAUGUAUAAUAAUUUUGUGACAUUUGUUUAUAAAAUAAAAUCUUUUAAUAACAUGUAUUAAAAGUUUAUUGAGACUGGGUAAGUUAGUUAAACAUACUGCAAUCAAUACAUCACUUAUGUCUGUGUGUAUUUCCUGCAGCAAUCAGUGUCCAGAUUCUUGUAUUGGUCGUAUAAAAUUUUUGUUUUUUUGUGAUUCAACUCAAUUCAUUUUUUUGAAAGGAACUUUUGUGAAAUAUUGCAGGCUGAUUUCACAAGGAACAGGCUAUAUUCUCUAUUGGCAGUGUCUUGCUAUAACAGGCAGUACUCCGUUCCCUACUGGAUUGUCGUAGAACGUAUAACUACAUUUUAUUUUGAAGCUCGUGAAAAUGGCAGGUUGAUAACCUGUUUUGAUUGUGUAGUCUCCUUUUAGUAAAUUUGUUUUCUUUCUCUAUUUUCUAUGAGCGAUUGUGAAUCAGUUGGAACCAAAAUACUCACAUCACACAUGUAUUUUAGGGAAUUAAUGAUGUGGACUGAAUAUUCUGUCAAGUUUACGCCAAUGUAUUAUCAAAAAAUCGCUUUAGGUUAACUCACUUUAUUUGUGGUUAUUUUAUAACCAGUUAAAUUGGUAAAUGGUUUGUGAAAAGGAUGCAGUAAUAACCACAGUUGUUAAAAUUGUGAACUUGACACUGGAACGGUUUGUUGAGAUAGUAAUGCUAUCUUGAAUUUUAAUGCCAUUAGAGGCAUAACAAAUUCGAUUAUUUUUUGUUGUAGUUGCCACAUUUUUCUGUGUAUCCAUUUUGAUGUGGAGAUUCUUGUAUUCCCUUCUAGUCAGAAAGGAGUAAAUAAUUUAAUUUGGCACAAUCAUUGUACUUCCAUCCUAAAUAACAUAUCUUUUCAGAUUGCUAAACUCGACACACAGUGAAAUGGUGGCCACUGGUGUUGUGAAACGGUGUUGGUGUUUUCUAAAAAGAUACCCAUAACCAAUAAUUUGUUAAAAUCAUUAUUCAAAAUAAAAACAAAUCACUGUUCAUCCUUAUGAACUACAAAAACAAAAUUUCACCUGUAAUGUAUUUGGGAGCUUUGUAUUAAAUACAUUACUUUGGAAAACUCUUACAUGUAAAGACUUGUUUCAUCUGAGCAUUAUUUUUGGCUGUUUGGUGUAUAGCUUCUUUUUCCAGAUUACAGUAUUUGCUUUUGUUUGAGUGUAAUUUUGGAAAAGAACCGUAGUGUUGUUUCAGUUUUAUUUGUUUCUGUUUUGCCAUAUAAGUACUAAAUGUAUAUAUGAUAGUAUUUGAGUGAACAAUGUCAUGAAUCAAAGUAGCACUAGUGAUCACAGGAUCAUGCAAAAAAUGAUAAAAUAGAGUGAAAUGGAAGUUGUCUUACAUGUCUCGUUCAUGAAGAUUAAGAACUCAGGGACCAGAAUUGGUAUGCCAAAAAGUUAACAUUAUUUUAACUUUUUUUCACAUGUAUUAGUUAUUUAAAAGUGUUCUAACGAGACACAAUGUACUUUAUUUGCAUAUUACAAAAUGUCACAUGGACCUGAUUGCCCAGAUUAAAUUACCUUGAAAGUAUUUAUACCAGUCCAUUGAAUGUACUAUGACCAGUUGCAUUGAAAUAAAGGCUGUCUGCAAUGUAAUAA